UUCAGCACUGAGGCAGCCUCAGUAAUGUCUGCACAAUGUGGACACUUCACAUUUUCCUUUACAGUCUACUCUUCCCUCUGCACUCUCUCUGCAGCCAAACGUGUCCAGAGAAAUGCAUCUGUGAACAGACAGCGUCAGUGCAGUGCUUCAGGGUGCAGGCCAUACCCUCAGGCAUCCCGAGAGAUGUGAGGAAACUCAACUUAGGACACAACCACAUUAAGGAGAUAAAGAAUAGAGAUUUGUCCAGUUUGCCAGGCCUUGAGGAGAUCAUCCUGUCCUCCUGUGGAGUGGAGCAGCUGGAGGGUAACACUUUCAGGGCCCAGAGAGUUUUAAAGACUCUGGACCUCCAGAAGAAUAAACUGAGGAACAUCCCUCGUGGCCUGCCAUCCAGCCUGGAGAGCCUCCACCUGGGCCACAACAGGAUCCACACACUGCAAGAGUCCACCCUGCAGGGCCUGAAGAAGCUCCGCCUGCUGAACCUCCAGAAUAACCUCAUCGCCACAUUACGCUCCAGCACCUUCUCAACGCUCACAAUGCUGGAGGGUCUCUAUCUGGAGGGUAAUAAAAUCGAGACAGUGCAAGGUGCCCUCAGGUUGCCAAAUCUAAAUCAGUUUAGCUUAGCAAAUAACAAGAUCUCGUCACUGCCCUCAGCUUUCUUCUCGUCAUUACAGCUUCUUAAAACUUUGGAUUUGUCCUCCAACCUCCUGAACAAGGUGCCCCAUGACCUCCCACAAGCUCUGCUCCACCUCAGCCUGGAUAGGAACCACAUAAGAACACUAAAAAGUCGUGAUAUGGCGCAGCUGCACAACCUGGCUACGCUUACUGUCUGCCACAACAGACUGGUGUCAGUGGACGGAGGCCUUCGCCUGCCCAAUCUGACCGUGCUGGAGCUGGCAGGCAACCAUCUGCGGGUGCUGCCUGGUCGGCUUUCAGCCAGACUGGAGAAGCUGGACUGUGGACAGAAUCACAUCCAGGAAGUGACCCAUCAGCAGCUUUCUGGAAUGAAGCAACUGCGACAUCUUUUUUUGGAGAACAACACCAUUCGGCAUUUUGAGAGCAAUGCUCUGAGAAACUGUCUUCACCUAACCAACCUGGCUUUAGAGCAGAACCUUCUCUCCACCUUUCCAAACGAGCUUCCUGAAACCCUGGUCCGUUUGGACUUGAAGGGGAACCGCAUCAUCACGAUUGAGGAGCAUGAACUGAAGUCUCUGAAGCGGCUCCAGGUGCUGAAUCUGCGCAACAACAGGCUCUCCUCACUGCCUGCCAUGAGCCUGCUUCCCAAACUACAGACGCUGUACGUGGACGGAAACCCCUGGAACUGCAGCUGUGAGCUGCUCAAGGUCAAGAGGUCACUGCUAGCCAGGGAUGUAGAUAUCAGCUCAGACUUCUGCAGUGAGACUGUCCAUACAUCAGUGGACAUUUGGCAAGCGUACGUAAUGACGCAGGACAAGUGUGAGGAGACUGAAGAGUCAAUACCUGAGAAACAACCUGAGCACACAGACAAUGAGGACUACUACGAUUAUGAUCUUUAA